AUGGACGCGCCUCCGCCCCCGCAGCCGGACGCCGCGGCGGCGGCGCCCUCCUCGACCUUGGCUUCUGCUCCCUCUCCGGCGCCACCAUCCAACCCACCCACUUCUGCCGCCACCGCAGCACCCGCCUCCGACUCCGCCAUCACCACCCCUAACCCGAACCCAGCCACCGCCGCAAACCCCACUCAAACCCUAGAGGCUCCAGGCCCCGUCCCCGCGGCCGCGCGGCCGCCGCCGCCGCGAAUGAGGCCGCCUUACACCCACCUGGCGGCGCCCAUCACGAUGUCCUCCUCCUCCUCUGCUGCUACAGCCGCGGCCUCCUCGGCUUCCGUCCCGGCCCCUUCCUCCGCGGCUCCUUCUAUGCCGCGCGGAGGGGUUGUUCUGGGAGUGCCUGCGCCGCGUCCCGCACAGACGCCCGCUGGUUACACCGGGUUCGUUCCGCCGCCUCCGCUUGCUCACCAGUUUGGAUCGAUGCAUCGCGGCCCUGACCAGCCCCCGCCUCCAUCUUCACAGUUUAGGCAACCUUCCCCUGGGAUUCAGAAUGUUGGGAUGGCUGGAUCCAUUAACACAUCCCAGAUGAGGCCAGGAGCAAUAUCUGGUCCACAGCAGCCCAGACCUGGACUUCCAUCAUCAACAACUCCUAUUCCAUCUGGUAGCCAAAUGCCAGGUUCACAAGCCCCAACAGAGGCCACAAGUUUCACAACCAAGACCACAACAAUCUGCACCUGUGCCUCCACCUCAACAGAACAUAAUUUUACGCAGCAGCAGCAGCAGCAGCAGCAGCAUCAGAAGCAACAACAAUUGAGUUCCUCACAUCAAAAUCAACAAAGUACUGCCCCAAAAAAUCAGCCACAACUUUCUCAGCAGCCAGCUGCUCGUACUCCAAUAUCAAUGACACCAAAGCCUGAUUCGCCAGCUAUACCAAAUGUUGCUGUUUUACAAUCUGUGGAUGCAGCUGCAACUGAUGCAAAUGCCAGUGAAACUGGUACUCGACUAAUCACCAAGAGAAGCAUACAUGAAUUAGUUGCACAGAUUGAUCCUAAUGAAAAGCUGGAUCCUGAAGUUGAAGAUGUUCUUAUUGACAUCGCGGAAGAUUUUGUGGAGUCUGUCACAACAUUUGCUUGUUCUUUAGCAAAGCAUAGGAAGUCGAGCACAUUAGAAGCAAAAGAUGUACUUCUCCAUGCAGAGAGAAGCUGGAAUAUCACCUUGCCGGGCUUCAGUGGCGAUGAAAUCAAACUAUACAAGAAACAGCACAUAAAUGAUAUUCACAGGGAGAGGCUUGCUCUGAUCAAGAAGUCCAUGGCGACUGACACAAGAAUCUCUGCUGCCCAAGCUGCAGCUAACCAGAAAAAUCAGACUCCGAAACCACCAGCCCCAGCUUCCCCGUGA